CUUUUAAACGAUUGUUCUCAUCUUACUUGCAUUUAACUGUUUCAAGUGAGAAAUGGCAGAAGGAGUUCUCUUCAACGUAGCUGAAGGAAUCAUUGGCCAACUGGGCCAACUAGCUCUCAAAGAGAUUGGACUGCUCUGGGGUGUCAAAGAGGAGCUUGAAAACCUCAAAAACACGGUUUCAACAAUAAACGCUGUGCUUCUGGAUGCAGAGGAAAAGCAGGCGCAGAGCCAUGCCAUCAAGGAUUGGGUGGCAAAGCUGAAAGAUGUACUUUUUAAAGCAGACGACUUGCUGGAUGACUUUUCCACCGAAGUUUUACGACGGGAAGUGAUGACUGAGAAUAAGAAAGCGAAAGAGGUACGCAUCUUCUUUUCCAAAUCGAACCAACUUGCAUAUGGUCUUAAAAUGGGUCAUAAGAUUAAGUCAAUUAGGGAGAGACUAGAUGCUAUUGAAGCGGAUAGGAAGUUCCACUUAGAGGCACGUCCUAGGGAGACACAAGGCAGUAAUAGGGUGAGAGAGAGUCAUCAUUUUGUACGUGCUGAAGAUGUUAUUGGAAGAGAGGUUGAUAAGAAAGUCAUCAUAGAACGUUUAUUAGAUUCCAAUAUUAAACAGAAUGUUACAGUUCAUUCAAUAGUUGGACUCGGAGGACUAGGUAAGACCACGUUAGCUCAAUUAGUCUUCAAUGAUGAAGAAAUUAAAAGUCAUUUUGAGAAGAAAUUGUGGGUGUGCAUCUCUGAUGAUUUUGAUGUAGAAAUAAUUGUUAAGAAAAUCCUAGAAUUUGCAAAAGGUAAGAAACUAGAGAACUUUGAAAAGAACAAAUUGAUAAAUGAUCUUCAAAAAGAAAUUGGUGGAUAUAGAUACUUUCUUGUAUUAGAUGAUGUGUGGAAUGAUGAUUCAGAAAAAUGGGAUAAGUUAAAAAGACUUCUACUAGGUGGUGCAAGAGGCAGUAGAAUAUUGUUGACUACACGUGAGGAGAAGGUUGCAAAGACUUCAAAAGCUAUUGAUUCAUGGUUUUUAAGGUAUUUAAAUGAAGAGGAGUCUUGGUCAUUAUUUAAGCAAACGGCAUUUGAAAAUGGACAAGAACCAAAAAAUUUAAGAAUUAAGGAAAUUGGAAUGGAAAUCGUUAGAAAGUGUAGAGGAAUUCCACUUGCCAUAAAGACUAUAGGAAGCAUAUUGUACUUUAAAAACUCAGAAGAAGAAUGGUUGUCCUUCAAAAAUAAUGAAUUUUCAAAAAUAGAUCAAAAAGAAACUGACAUCAUACCUACGCUUAAGUUGAGUUAUGAUCAUCUCCCAUCAAAUUUGAAACAAUGCUUUGCUUAUUGUAGUUUAUUUCCAAAGGAUUACCAUAUUGAAAGAAAUAAAUUGAUCAAGCUAUGGAUGGCACAAGGAUUCAUUAAGUUGUCAAGUCAAAACCAAUGCCUAGAAGAUGUAGGUCAUGAGUAUUUUAUGGAAUUACUUUGGAGAUCAUUAUUUCAAGAACCUAUAGAAGAUAUGUAUGGCAAUAUACGUGUAUUCAAAAUACACGAUUUGAUGCAUGAUCUGGCGAAAUUAGUUGCGGGACAAGAGAGCACCACUUUAGGAAUAAACAGGGAAAACAUUGUUGAAAAAACUCAUCAUGUGUCCGUUGGUUUUGAUUUAGGCUUAUCAUCACAAAUUCCAACCUUGUUGUUUAAAGCAAAAAGGAUAAGAACAUUUAUUUUACCAACUCCAAGACAAAUGGUGUGGAACCAGGAAACUUGUGAUGCAUUUUUAUCAAGUCUUACAUUCUUGCGCAUGUUAGAUUUGAGUUGCAUUGGCAUUAGGAGUUUGCCACAUUCUAUUGGAAAGUUAAAGCAUUUAAGGUAUCUUGAUCUUUCACAGAACUUUGCCAUCCAGAUGCUUCCUAAUUCCAUUACAAGUUUGCAAAAUUUGGAGACACUAGAUCUCUCUUUUUGUUAUGGACUCAUGGAAUUGCCAAGAAAUAUUACCAAAUUAGUCAACCUUAGGCAUCUUGACAUCUCUAAUUGUAGAAAAUUGACUCAUAUGCCAUGUGGACUGGGUCAAUUGACUAAUCUUCAAUCACUAUCUCAGUAUGUGUUGAGUACGGACUCUAGGCAUGGUGAAUUGAUGGAACUUCAAGGACUAAAUGGUUUGAGAGAAAAUCUAAGUAUUAAAAAUCUGAGACACGAGAAAGAUACCGCAUUAGACUGUGGCGCUGCAAAUUUGAAAGGGAAACAAAACCUCCAUGGCUUGGAGUUGGAGUGGAUAGAAGGAGGCGCAGAUGACGUGGAUGUUGAGUACGAUGAGAUGUCACUCAAACAUUUGCAACCACACACAAAUCUUAAAGAAUUGGAGUUAGAUGGGUACAGAGGAAUGGUAUAUCCAAGUUGGCUCUUGUCACUAACAAAUCUUGUAGAUCUUAGGUUAAGGGCAUUGAAGAAUUGGCAACACAUGCCACCAUUGCAUCAAUUUCCUUCUCUUAAAACACUCAUCCUAAGCGACCUUCCUUCUCUUGAAUACAUAUCAAACAGUGUUAACCUUCCAUCCCUAGUGGUGCUCAAUCUUUCGGAUUGCCCUAAUCUAAAGGAAUGGAAAAUGGACUCCAUUGAGGAGGAUAACGAUGAUGACAAUAAUCACUCUCUGCCUUCAUUCUCUCGUCUUUCCAUUUUAAAUAUUAGGGAGUGCCCUAAACUCUCUUCCAUGCCUGUAUUUCCGUGCCUUGAACGGCUGGGGCUGGUGAAUUCUAAUUUGAGCCCAUUAGAGCAGACAAUAUCGAAGGGAAUGAUACAUAUGGCAUCUCAAGAGAACCCAACAAUAACAGUAGCAGACUCAGCCUCUUCUACUUCUUCAACAACCUCCUCAUUCGUCCCUCUCUCCAAAUUAAAAUCUUUGACUAUUGGGCUAAAAAAGGCAGAUCGUGAUCGUGAUCGUUUCCUUCGAAGUAUAAGACAUCUCACUGCAAUUGAGGAACUAGAAUUUCGAUAUUCUGAUGAGAUUGAUUUAUUUAAUAAUGGGAAUGGGAUGGAAUGGCAAGGGCUGAAGAGGCUUCAGAUUAACAGUUGUCCGAAUUUGACUACCAUACCGGAAUGGAUAUGUAACUUCACAUCUCUUCAAUCACUUCGCAUUCAGAAUUGCCCCAAUUUGACGUCAUUGCCGGAAGGAAUGCCUAAAUCUUUAAGUACACUAUUCAUUUGGAAUUGUCCCAAAUUAUUGGAAAGAUGCAAGAGGGAAAAGGGUGAAGAUUGGCCUAAGAUUGCCCACAUCCCAAACUUGGAACUGUUGUCUGAAGAUGAUUCAGAACAAACUGAUAAGAAGAAGGAACCUGAGCUUAAGACUCGGCGCUUAACUAAAAUUUUGGGGAGUUGCAGUUGUUCAACAAGUCAAUAACUCAUUGAGUGAAAAUCAGCACUUGGCAAUAUUGGGAUAAUAUUUUUGUGGAGAAAAUCAGCCCUUGGCAAUAUUGGGAUGAUAUUUUUGUGGAGAAUUAUAAGUGGCAAUCACAUUGCAAGAUUAACUUGUGCAGAUUGAGUUGGACUUAGACCAUAAGUUGAUGUUCCUGGUAGCAAUACCUGACAAAGGAACCUGCCAUUUCCCAAGUGGUUGCUUAUUCACCUUCUUGAAUUCACAUGUUAUACAGCUGGCAAAACUUGAGCUUUUGUUGGACAAAGCAGAAGUAGAAAGUCAUCAGUUACUAGUUCUCUAGAGAAAUACUGUGAUCUUCAGGUGGGAAAACUUCUUAUAGAUGAUAUUAAACUUAAAGAGUUUCGGAAUAAAUGGAGUGGGGGAAAUUUGGUCUUGUCAGCCGAGAAUCUUGGUUCAUUGUGUCAACCAUCAAAGAUAAUAUUGCAUACAUAAAGGAUGGCACAGCUACUGAAGAAAUAAGAGUUGCAGCUGAACUUGCCAGUGCGUUGUUUUACUGAUAUUUCCGGAGGUUCUAAGUUAUGGUCCAUGACUGUUCUUUAGAAGAUCCUUUCAUAUUGGUAAUCAUAUAAGUUGUUAACAUAUUUUGAAAUUUGCAGCUGAGUGGACACCAUGGGUGGUGAAGCACAAAACUCAUUUGUCUGGUGGACAGAAGCAAACUGUUUCCAUAGAAAGAGCAAUUUCUAAACACCCAUGGAUUUUCACUUCUAGAUGAAGCUAAAAGUGCAUUUGAUGCUGAUUUUGAGAGAAUAGCACAAGAGGCAUUGUACAUGAAGCAGGAUAUACACUAAGAACUCGUCAAGGAUCCUGAUCGUGAGGCAUACAUCCAGCUUAUACAAUUGCAAGAAGUUAAGGAGUCAAAACAAGCUGCACAUUGUCGGCAGCAUCACAAAGUACUAUUAAUCUUUCUGAUAGUCAAUUCAAAAAAUGUUAGUCUUACAUCCAUAAGCCAGGGAUCAUUUGAAGCUCAAAUAGCUGCCUUGACUUAGCAAGGUGGCAAAGCAACAUCCUCAGGUGUUUUGCAAGAUGACAAGGAAUAUACAAAGAGAGAUAUUGAGCUCCAUCAAGUAGGCUUUAAGUAUCCAUCUAGACUAGAUAUUCAGAACGUCACAGUUGUUAGAAAAGGUGGAAAUGGAGGAUGCAUAGUGAUUACAAUGUGCAAAGAUUUUUAAUCCUAAAUCAGCUCAUUUGAUGGAAUUGAAAAUCUGAAAGGUUAAAUUGAAGUGGAUUGAGUAGACUGAUUGGUCUUGUCAGUCAAGAAUCAGUUUUGUUCAAUGACUUUAUCCAUGCCAAUGCUGUAGAUGAGGAAGAAAGUGCCAUGAGGUGGAAACCAUAGCUGCAUCAAAGUUUCAAAUGUGCAAAGUUUCAUUAGAGGCUUACGACAGGACUAUCUUAUCAUGGUAAUACUAUAAGGAUUCCAAUUAUCCAGCGGGCAGAAGAAACGAGUAGCCACUAGAUGUCCAAGAUACUAUUUUAAACAAGGCUACAAAUACUCUCAAAGCUGAAUCUGAACAAAUAAAUCAAGAUGCACUGAACCAAGUGAUGGUGAACCAGGCUACAACUGUCAUGACCUGUCCAUUAUCUAAAGCUGAUCAAAAUAAAAUUAUCAGAGAGAAAGGAGAGCUUGAGAUUUUGAUUGUGAAUUUGCCACCUUGACAAACUGAGAAGGGCCAGUGUUUUUUGCUGCAGAGUUGCAAAUAAUAAUAAGGUCCAGGCAUUUCACAAACAUUUAGGUCACAUGUCAAGCGGAUAUGAAGUUAAUUGCUAUCGCCUAGUGGUGCAAUCAGAUGCAGACAAAUCUGUUACUAGCUUAAUGGAAAUUCAUCUACUAUCAAUGUUCCUGCGCUUCAAUUCUGUAAGAGAGAGAAACUAUAUACCUAGUUAUUAAUCUAAAAGCUAAUGAGGAACAACCAGAAAUUA